UAAUAAUCUCCAAACCCCCAUACGGACCACGGAGUCUCCAACAACAAUCUUCUCUCCAUCAGUUCAUCUUCUCUCAAAAAUCUAUUCAGUUGGUCUCUUCAAUUCCUCCUAAUUAUCGACUAUUGGAGUUCGUUCACAUGAUCAAGAAAAGUGUCCCAAUUAAGGCAUGCAUCUUGAAGUUCUUGAACAGACCAUUGUUGGAGACUCCUUUGAACAUUGUGUCCCUUCUCUUCCUGUGCAAGAGGCCGUUGAUAAGUUUUGUCGGAUUUGCUUCACAACUAAGAACUAAGAAACAUCCAAACGAUGAUGACCCUUCUUAUGCACCAUAUGUCUUUUCUCCAACUGUACUAGAGUUGCUGAGAAGUUUUGUUCCAUUUACUGGAAUACUCCUCUGCCUAAAUGAGGGAAGCUAUGAAACAUCCUUUAAUCAAUUUGCUUUAUGUUUUGGGUGAUACCCUCUAU